AUGCCCGACAUGAAAGGCAAAGUAUAUGCCGUGACCGGGGCCGGAUCAGGCAUCGGCAGAGCCACGGCGGUGAGGCUAGCAGAGCUGGGUGCUAAAGGUGUCGCAAUCAGCGACGUGAAUGAGGCCAUGUUGGAGGAAACAAGACAGCAAUGCAACCGGUAUGCGACAAAAGUGACAGUGAAAAAGGUCGACGUGGCCAAUCCCGACGAGGUUGAUGAGUGGAUCCGCGACGUCGUUCGGGAUCAUGGCACAUUGGACGGCGCGGCAAACGUCGCGGGCAUUGCGGGCGGCGAAGGGCAGAUUACAGAGGAGAUAGUCCAAAAAGACUGGGAGCGAAUGAUCUCGGUGAACCUGACCGGCGUGAUGAACUGCAUGCGGGCCCAACUCCGAGAGAUCUCGCGGCCGGGCGGCUCCAUCGUCAACGUGUCCAGCACGUCGGGCCUGCGAGGUCUGCCGCGCAAUGCGGCCUACGCCUCGAGCAAAUUUGGCGUCGUUGGCCUCACGGAGUCGACGGCCGCAGAAUACGGGAAGCUGGGGGUCCGGAUCAACGCCUUGUUACCAGGUCCGAUCGACACCAAGAUCUUCCGCGACGGAGAAAAGAAAGGCCUCUUUGAUUCCGACCUCCUCAGCGCAGGCACCCUGCUGGGCCGGAUGGGCCAGGCGGACGAAGUGGCCAAGGUCCUGGUGUUCCUUUUGAGUGAUGAUGCAUCGUACGUGACCGGGGGUGAGUCAUUUUCAUUCAUUUACGCUUUCACAACACUUCUUCCCUAUUAUCAAGAGCGUUCGGAAGGACUAACAAAGACUGGGAAUCAGCACGCUGGACCGUCGACGGUCUGGAUGAGUUGGGCUGUUGUGGAUCGAUUGAUCGACCAUGCCGUCGGUCUACCUCCUCAACGGCUGAGGGUAGGUCGCAUGAGAUAA